AUGGCGAGACAACAAAACAGUCUGCGAAAGCAGAACAUCUUCACUUCUUUCUUCCUUGCGGCAACAGCAAUGGCGUCUGCGAUCAAUGUUCCGGCUUCACAUGAUCUCCAGAGGCCACGGUCAUAUCCAAGACAAACAGAAACUGCGAAUCUGCCAUACCGGAAUGCAUCACUGUCAGUCGACGAGCGUGUGGAAGAUCUGCUCCAGCGGAUGACAUUGGAAGAAAAGGCCGGGCAGUUGUUCCACCAAAUCAUUUCCAUGGGUCCCAAUGGUACCUUCACAAGGGACACACUACACACGGUCAAGACGCAGUUCAUGACGCAUUUUAACUUACACGGCUCGAUCACUUCGGUACGUAUGUAUGCUGAGUGGUAUAACAGUCUGCAGAGACUUGCUCUGGAGACUCGUCUCGGCAUACCGAUCACACUAUCAUCGGAUCCCCGUCACGCGUUCACCAACAACAUCGGUACUGGUUUCAUCGCCGAGUCAUUCUCGCAGUGGCCAGAGGCUCUAGGCCUCUCGGCGAUCCGCGAUGCUGCGCUCGUCGAGCAAUUUGCAAACAUUGCCCGCCAGGAAUAUAUGGGGAUAGGACUUCGAUCUUCGCUCCACCCUCAAAUCGAUCUUGCGACCGAGCCGAGGUGGGCCAGGAUUGGUGGUACGAUGGGAGAGGAUGCCAACUUGACUGCUGAGCUUGUUGUUGCGUACAUCAAGGGCUUCACUCACGGGGAAUUUGGAACACAGUCUGUCACCACAGUGACCAAGCACUUUCCGGGUAGCGGUCCUGUUGAGGAUGGUGAGGAUAGCCAUUUCACGUACGGUAAAAAUGCGACAUAUCCAGGUGACAACAUGGAGUACCAUCUCAUUCCCUUCAAGGCAGCGAUCGCAGCUGGAGCGAGACAAAUGAUGCCAUACUACAGCCGACCCAUGGGAACCAAGUACGAAGAGGUCGCUUCCGGAAUGAACAAGGGCCUAAUCACGGAUCUCUUGAAGACCGAGCUUGGCUUCAAGGGUAUCGUCGUUAGCGACUGGGGACUAGUUACUGACGCCAUCAUCGCUGGGCAGGACAUGCCAGCCCGCGCAUGGGGUGCUGAGAACUUGACAGAAAUCCAGCGCACCGCAAAGAUCCUGGAUGCCGGUGUCGACCAGCUUGGUGGAGAGAACAGGACAGACCUGAUCCUUCAAGUUGUUGGAAACGGUACUAUCAGCGAGGAGCGCAUCGAUGAGUCCGUUGGAAAGCUGCUUCGUGAGAAGUUCUUGCUCGGUCUCUUCGAUAACCCGUUUGUCGAUGUCGAGGAGUCUGUCAAGAUUGUUGGCAACCCAGAGUUCAAGAAGGCCGGUAACGAUGCGCAACGCAAGUCGUUCACUCUGCUCACCAACAGCGACAACGUGCUACCAAUGAAGUCAGCCGAGAACUUGAAGUUCUACAUCGAGGGCUUUAACGCGACUGACAUGCAGAAGCGCAACUUGCAAGUCGUCAACAGCACUGCUGAAGCUGACUUUGCGCUCAUCCGUCUUCAAACUCCGUAUGAGCCGCGUCCGGGAGGCUUUGAGGCGAACUACCACUCCGGUUCGCUCGAAUUUAACGCGACAGAAAAAGCUCGUCAAGCAGCCAUCUACGAGGCAGUCCCUACCAUCGUCGACAUUUACCUCGAGCGCCCUGCCGCUAUCCCUGAGAUUGUCGAGUCCGCGAAAGCCGUCAUGGCCAACUAUGGUGCCAGUCCGGAUGCGUUCCUUGAUGUUGUAUUCAAUGUUGAUGGAGCCAAGCCAAUGGGCAAGCUGCCUUUUGAUCUGCCAAGGAGCGAUGCGGCUGUUGCUGCGUCGAAAGAAGAUGUGCCAUUCGAUACUGAGGAUCCUGUCUUCCGCUUCUCGCAUGGCUUGAGCUAUCUGGAGGAGCAAUAG